GGUUGAGAGGAGUAUGACAGGUCUUUGUUGUCUGAAUAAAAAUCAGUGGCAGCUCAAGGGAGAGAACUCCUCCUACUAAAUUAUCAAAAAUGGGCUGGCUUUAGUCUCUUAACAAAUUGGACAGAGCUCCGGAAAGCAGCAGUCCCAAAUCCAACCUACAGGCACUGGGAACUUUAAAGCAACCAGGGACUGCUGAAAAUAGCACUUCUUUUUGCUUUCUUUGUAUUCAAAACUAUAGCCUUUCCCGAGCGCUUCUACUGCCCCAGGUCCAAGUCUCUCCAGACAGGAGCCCCGGCUCUCCAGAACAGUAACAGAUCCUUUAGCUCGCUUUUGUUAUUUUAUUUUUUUAAUUAAUUAUUAUCACAUUUUCUCCCCCUUGUUUGUUUUCUGCACAUCUUCAGGAAGCCCUCGGUGCUUGUGCAAAGAGAAUCUCCUAUUGCAACCUCCCUCCCUGCGCUGUGCGCCUCGGUGUAAACCUUUUGGAUGAUCUAAAGACUCUGGGGUCUGUAUAUGGAAAUAGUGGGGUGCAGAGCAGAAGAAAAUACUUGUCCUUUCCGUCCCCCAGCCAUGCUUUUCCACGGGAUCUCCGGAGGCCAUAUCCAAGGAAUCAUGGAGGAGAUGGAGAGGCGAUCCAAGACCGAGUCCCGCCUGGCCAAAGGGGGACAGAUGAACGGCCGAGAAACGAACAUGCCCCCCCUGAGCCCCGAGAAGCCCGCUCUGUGCGCUGGCUGCGGAGGGAAGAUCUCCGACAGAUAUUACCUGCUGGCUGUGGACAAACAGUGGCACCUCAGGUGUCUUAAGUGCUGUGAAUGUAAACUGGCUUUGGAGUCAGAGCUCACCUGCUUUGCCAAGGACGGCAGUAUUUACUGCAAGGAGGAUUACUACAGAAGGUUCUCCGUGCAGAGAUGUGCCCGCUGCCACCUUGGGAUCUCGGCCUCUGAAAUGGUCAUGAGAGCCAGGGAGUCGGUGUAUCACCUGAGCUGCUUCACCUGCACCACCUGCAACAAGACUCUGACCACGGGCGAUCACUUUGGCAUGAAGGACAACCUGGUUUACUGCAGGGCCCACUUCGAGUCCCUUUUGCAAGGAGAAUACCCCCCUCAGCUGAGCUACACCGAGCUGGCGGCCAAGAGCGGAGGGCUGGCGCUGCCUUACUUCAACGGCACCGGCACGGUCCAGAAGGGGAGGCCCAGGAAAAGAAAGAGCCCUGCCCUAGGAGUGGACAUCGUCAACUACAACUCAGGUUGUAACGAGAAUGAGGCAGAUCACCUGGACAGAGACCAGCAGCCUUAUCCCCCAUCCCAGAAGACAAAGCGCAUGCGCACCUCCUUCAAACACCACCAGCUUCGUACCAUGAAGUCCUACUUUGCUAUCAACCACAACCCAGAUGCCAAGGACCUCAAGCAGCUUGCCCAGAAAACAGGCCUGACCAAGAGAGUUCUGCAGGGAGAACAAAUCAUGGGGCAUUACAGCCAAACAUCCCGACGUUUGAAAAUUCCCUAAAGUAUUAAAAGAAGGGGAAAAGUUUGAUCGGAAAUCCACUGCAGUGAAGACAAAGACAAUAUUAGGUUAUGAUAAUCAUACAUUUAAAAAUCUAUUGAGCCAAAAAAUAAAAAUAAAAGACUUGAUGUCAUUUCCUGAAUGUUAACAAAACAUAUGUUAUUUUAUGGUGUCUAAUUAACAGAACUGAAGGCUUCAACAAAUUGUGUGGUAUUAAAAACAAACUUAGAGAAACUAUGUAUAAAACCAGAGCAACCUGGCAGCAAUCUACCCAGCCCAUAUUUGAAGAAAACUUUUCUUUCAAAAUAUCACAUUUGUCAAGCACAAGUACCUGUAAAAUAAAAUCUGAGUGCAUUCAUUCCACUUGCUUGCUAAUGUGUACUAGUCAUAUCUGUUAAAUGGCUUUUUGUAAAUUCAAAGAGAACUUUUCACUCAUUCAAAAUCAUAGGAAUCAAAACCCAGUAACCUUAGUACUAUUGUUUCUGAAUUCUUUUUUUUUUUUUUAAACGAGACAAAUCUGCAUGCACUUUUCCAUCUGUCACAUAUAGUGUACAUUUCUGUAUGAUGAAUUUCUCUUUGAUGUUUCUUGUAUAAUAGCUUUCAUUAAUAAACAUUUUAUUUGAUGCAAACAUAGUUAACUUUAUGUAAACACAUAGCUAAUUGUUCCAACUAAUUUAAACUUUUAUUUUGAAAAGAAGCAGUACAGUGCAGUUCCAAUGUGUUAUAUAUAUAAAAUCAAAAAGAAUGAGGUAGCAAUACUGUUGCACAGCAUAAAAUUAUUUCAUUUGGUGUUUACUUUUUAGUUUUUUAACUUGUUGUACAAAACUGACAUGUUUUUUUAAAAAUUCCCAUCAGUAUCAACAAUAAAAUAAUCCCCAAAUUCUUCAUCAAUAUAAGAUAACAUAAGCAGGAUGUAAAAUUCUCAAUGACUUUUAGAAUACAUGGAUAUAAUUUGUGGUUCCCUGAGCUGUUUACAUGGUCACUAUGCAAUGAGCAAGUACUUAACAAAUAGAUGCUCCUAAGACUCCCAGUCCAAAUCACAGAUGAUUUUUACAAGCUGACAAGCAAGUGUAAAAAUAACCAAUUAUUAGUAAUGAGGUUUUGUAACUGUUAAGCAACUAUUUGCAGAAAGAUUUUUUAAAAUAUAUUCCUAUUUAGCUGUAUAGCCAAAGCAUAUGUUAAACAAAUUAACAUAUAAAAGACUUGCCAGAAAAUCUUUCA